AUGCCUGCACUGGUUGUUUUCGCGGUGAGCCCCUUGUUUGGGACAGGGGCCGAGGUGUCUGACGACAUUGGCACGAAAGGAAAGCGAGUACGCUUUCUGAAGGCCAUUGGUCAGAGUUUGACUAGCCAUUAUGGCGUAAUACUGGACCUUGUCGCCCUCUAUUCGGCAGAUAGUGCCGCUGUACCGGAGCUCCUCAAGCUGGCAGCCCUGCUGCAAUCAGCCCACAAGGCGGCGCCAGGCAAGGAUGCAGAGGAGCUCAUCCCCUACGCGGAACCAGGGGAUAUUCUAGAAGCACAACGCUCGGCCUCAGAGCUGAGCAGGCUGGCUGAGUCGCUGCCAGCUCUUCUGCAGCAGGAGAUGGGCCUGCGAGAGGAGCGCCAGAGGCAAGCCCAGCACACAGUGCCUCCAGAGGCGCUGUCUCGUGAGGUGGACAUGCAGGCAGUCCAGCAGCACAUAAUCGCCGCCACAGCAGAGGUCCGGCAGCAGCUGGCCGACACCCGGCAGGCCAUAACCGAGCUGCAGGAGCGGGAGAUGGGUCUUGCGGGCGCGCUGGAGCGGCGACGAGCCGAGGUCCGCGGCGCGGCGGCGCGGGUCGAGGCGCUGGCGGCGGCGCGGCCGGCGCACGCGGCCGAGGAAGAUACACUCCGGGCGCAGCUGCACGCGCUGUUCGACGAGUACAACCAAGCGACGCGCAACAGGGAGUGGCUGCAUGCUCAGAUCAGGCAGCAGCGAGCUGGAGACACCAUCCUUGCCGAAGAGAAAACGGAGAGGCUGCGGGCAGAGAUCCAAGAUGCAGAGGCGCGCAUGCUGGCAGGGCAGGGGAGAAUCAAACGACGCAGUAGCUGCAGCAGUGACAGCGGUUCUGGUAGUAGCGGGUCAGACAGUGACAAGGACGCUGAUGUCAGCAGCGCCAGGUGGCUGCCAGCUGGCGUCAGCGGUGAUGUCAGCCGAUCGUUGUUACGCACCCCUGCGCUGAUGUCAGCGCGAGUGGGAAUGCCGUCUUCUUACAGACCUGGGCUCGCGAAGUUUGGCACCUACGCAGAUGACUUUUGA